UUUUCUGGUGCUGCAACAGACUACUAACUAGAUUACCAUAACUAAAGAAGGAACAAUGUCUGUGCAGUGUGGAGCUGUCUGCAACUUUAACUACAACUUUCCACUCUCUUGACUUGUUAAUCCAUCACUUUUGCUUUUGGAUAUAGAUUUGAAAUGUAAAUGUUAUACCUAUGGCAAAUACAGACUUCUAAAAUCACCAGGAGAAACUAUUAGAAUAAAACAACAGCUCUUCUCUAAUGAAGCUGGGGUGAUGAUGCAACUGCAUGAGAGUUUGGCCUUUCACAAAUCCAAUGAGAUCAUAUGAUAAGGCUACCUUUAAAUGUGAUGAGAAGAUGGAAACUCUAAGAGUCUUAUCUCAAGAUCCUGUUCCUAGCUGGUUCACUAUUCUUUCCUUUUAGGUAUUCUUCACCUGAUUCAGUGGUGUGAGAAUUAAGAAAAUGGAAUGCUUGAGUUUAGGCAUACAAAAAGUUGUCCUGUGGAUGAGGCAGGAUGACUAAGAGUAUUGCUGUUUUUCAGAUGUUUAUGGUGAUUAGCAUGAUGGAUUUAGAUAAGUUUGUGUAACUUAAUGAACCAGAAGGGGUGGCUGAAAUCGGAUGAAACUAAUGUAUGCAGACUUUGUCAUUCACUUUAAGGAGCUUAGGUGUGCCUGUGUGUCCUCUAUGACCUAUCUUAUGUAAACUCUUUAUUCUAAAUGAACUUUAUGCAAAUCACGAUUCAGUUCUAUAUUCUGCUUUCAUAACUUGAAUAGUAUAUAGUUGAUGUGAGAAGAGCUAAGAAAAGAAAUUCAGUUGGAGAUGUUCUUUAAAGGUGGCAGUUUCAUUCAAAGGCGUUUGACUUCUUGGGAAAUGUUGCUGAGCAAAGCCCCUCUCCUGCAAGUACCAGGAAGAUACUGUAUCUUUUCAAGACCUUUCUUUAAUUUUACUGCACCACUAGGGAACAAAAGGAAAGAAUAUUCAGAAAGGAGGAUUAUAGGGUACUCUAUGCAAGAAAUGUAUGAUGUGGUAGCUGUUGUAAGUGAAUACAAAAACUUCGUUCCUUGGUGCAAAAAAUCAGAUGUCAUAUCAAAGCGUUCAGGGUACUGCAAAGCAAACUUAGAAGUGGGAUUUCCUCCAGUGGUAGAGAAAUACACCUCAGUUGUUACACUAGUAAGACCUCACUUGGUUAAGGCAUCUUGUACAGAUGGGAAACUAUUCAAUCAUCUGGAAACAAUAUGGCGCUUCAGUCCAGGAAUCCCUGGCUACCCAAGAACAUGCACCCUGGAUUUUUCAAUUUCUUUUGAGUUUCGUUCCUUUCUGCAUUCUCAACUUGCUACAUUGUUUUUUGAUGAAGUUGUAAAACAGAUGGUAGCUGCAUUUGAAAGAAGAGCAUCCAAAAUAUAUGGUCAAGAAACCAGCAUACCUCGAGAACUGAUGCUUCAUGAAGUGCACCACACAUAAAGGGGAGUGAAAACAGCAAUUUCCUUGAACUAUUUGGAUACUAUGUUUACACAUGAGAUACCUCUUAUGUGGGCUUCCAACUACCUGGGGUGUGUGUGCCUAUUAUGUAUACUACUGUACAAAAUAUGCAUGUAAAAUACUGAUGUAUAUAAUAUAGGAGCAUCAAUCAAGUGCAAUUUAUAAGGUGCUGAUUAUGUCAACUUGAGUGGCAGCUAUAACCUACACCAGGAUUGCCUUCUUCCUCUUACCAGCUUGUGUGAAGCUCAGCACUCCGUUCUGUGGCCUUAUUUUUGCAGUGUGUAAUAAUUAUUAGAACCUUUUAAGUUAUUCUUUUAAAGAUAUAUUUUAAGUUAUUUUUGCUAUUGAUACUUUAAAACAUAGAGAAGAUGGCUCUGAGAACAAAGUUUGUUUUGCAGUGUAUGCUUGCUAUAUGGUAGCACAGCUAAAAAUAUGCAACUUUGCUGUGUAAGCUGAAUCAAUCUAGAUAAAGCACACGAUAACAAAAUGAUUUUACCAAAUAUUGCAAUGGAUUGUUGCAAGAAUCUAGCAAUCCGUUAAACAUCAAAGGAGAUAUAUGUAUAUAAUCAUGAAUUUAAACCAAGAAACCACACUACAGUAACCCAAUAUAUAUCUCCUAGUGACAUCUGGACAAUGCUUAAAAUAACUUAUGGUAGAGGAAAGGAUUUGAAUAGCAUAAGAACUGUUCUGUUCUGCUGCUCUUCCAUUUGUUUGGAUUUAUGCUGCAAGGCCCUGAAAAAGCUCAGGUAAGAAGCCCACUAUUUCUAGCUCCAGAGCUUACUCUUCCAGCCAUCUCCAAAGCUGCAAAAAUACUGGAGCGCUAUUGUCCCCUGCAUCUCCCCCAUUGGAUUCAAAAUUUCACUAUCAUUGUAGCCAUGAAUAAAUGUCCUUUCUGUAUGGCAAUAACCAUUUUUUUUUGUAAUCAAGCAAUAAUUUUAGUGUUAGAACUAAUAUCUGAUGGUCAAUUAUAGAAGGCAGCAUAAUCUGAAUUUGUCUUAACUUUUUCAAGCAAAAUUGGUUUCAAGAGGUCAUAUCUUGCUAAACUUUAGAAAUGAUUUAAAAUAAGUGUUUCAUUAAGACUGUCACUGCGCUCUGAAGAGUUUUCUAGCAAACUGGCACCUCGGUGCCUGCUACAAAAUGAAAUUAUCUAGUGUGAAUAAGUUACAUUUUAUAACUUUUGAGCAAUCUUUUAUUACAGAAAGUUGUCACAUAAUUGUAUAUUUCUCUACUUUGUACACAAUUUUUAUUCAGUCUCACACACAAUGGCUUCUGCAUUUCCUAGCGAUAGCAAGCACCAAUAAAGUCUGAUUUUACAGAA